UUCACGGCGUUCACGGCGGUGAUUGAGACGGCUUGAACAGAGAUUUUUUUUUGUGUGGUUAUGACCGUCAACUCAACAAUAAAGCAGGAUAUCUUCGGUGAAACAUACCAUUGCUGUCAGCCAUGUCUACCUUACAUAAUGCAAGUUUGCAGUCUCAAAAAUGUACACUGAAGGAAGAGAUUGUCAUUUCAGGAAUAGCAGGCUCCUUUCCUGAUUCAGAGAAUGUGUAUCAGUUACAAGACAGUCUGUUUAACAAAGUGAACAUGGUGACACAAGGCAAGGAGCGCUGGAAAUGUGAUCACCCUGAGCUUCCCAGGUUUGCAGGCAGGGUGCCUAAUAUUUCCAAGUUUGAUGCCUCAUUCUUUGGAAUUAACUACAAGCAGGCACACAUCAUGGAUCCGCAGUGUCGUCUGCUGCUGGAGAGAGCGUAUGAGGCCAUCGUGGAUGCAGGUGUCAACCCUUGUCUCCUAAAGGGUCAGAGGACUGGGGUUUUUGUUGGUGUUGCAUUCAGAGAAACAGAACAAGCCUGGUACUAUAGCAUACCACAUGAAAAUGGAUAUGGGCUGACAGGUUGUGUUCGAGCUAUGCUUGCCAACCAAAUUUCAUACUGGCUUGGCGUCACUGGCCCCAGCUAUACAGUGGAUACCGCAUGCUCAUCCAGUUCCUAUGCAUUUGAACAAGCAUAUAGGGCCAUUCAGGAUGGAGUUGACUUGGCUAUUGUGGGCAGCUGCAACCUUUGUGUCCAUCCGCAGAUAUCUGUCCAGUUCUCACAGCUCGGCUUAUUAAAUCCCGAAGGCUUGUGUAGCCCCUUUGACAGGGAUGCUAAUGGUCUUGUGCGGAGUGAGGCCGUCGUAUGUGUGAUCUUCCUUCAGAGGGCUCGCGAUGCAAAGUGUGUGUAUGCUACUGUAUUGAACGCCAGGAGUAACAGUGAUGGGUAUAAGGAAGAUGGCUUCAUGCAUCCAUCUGGUGAUAUGCAUAAAUUGCUCCUGGAUGAAUGCUACCAGGAGUGUGGUGCCAGCAAGCACUUACUAGAAUAUUUCGAGGCUCAUGGCACUGGCACCAAAGUUGGAGAUCUUGAAGUAUUGAAAGCAAUUACUCUAGCUUUUUGUAAAGAUAGGAAGACUCCGCUGCUGAUAGGGUCAGUCAAGUCAAACACAGGACACACUGAAGGGGCAUCAGGUCUUUGUGGUGUCAUCAAAGUCAUCAUUGGCAUGGAGACUGGCUUCAUACCCCCAAAUCUCCACUACAACAACCCCAGAGAGGGAGUUGAGUCACUUAUGAACGGACAGCUGAAGGUGGUGACUAAGAAGGUUCCAUGGACUGGUGACCUCGCGGGUGUCAGCUCCCUUGGAUUUGGAGGAGCAAAUAGCCAUGUUAUAUUACAGAGGAAUCUGAAAAUAAAAGUGAAUGGUGGUGCCCCUGCUGAUUCUGUUCCACGCCUUGUUGCAUCUGGACGUACAGAGGAGGCAGUUGAUGUCAUUCUGAAGGAUUUUGAGAGCUGGCCAGUUGAUGCAGAAUUCGUGCACCUGAUGCAUGAUCUCCAGUCAACAGAAAUUGUUGGCCACAAGUACCGUGGGUACACACUUCUCACACAAGAUAUCAGUAACCUGAGGAGUAUUAAAUUUUACCCUGGAAGCAAGCGGCCUGUCUGGUUUGUGUUCACUGGUAUAGGCUUACAAUGGCCAGGUAUAGGGAAAUCCCUCCUCACACUGCCGGUUUUUGCAGCUGCCAUCAACAAGUGUCAGGAAGCUCUGAAGCCUCAUGGAGUAGAUGUGAUUGAUAUCAUCACAUCUGAUGAUUCCACAAUCUUCAGUAACAUCCUAAAUUGCUUUGUGGGCAUUGCAGCUUUCCAGGUUGGGCUGGUGGACAUUAUGAGGACAGUAGGAAUUGACCCAGAUGGCUUUGUGGGCCUCUCGUUGGGAGAGCUAGGCUGCAGUUACAUGGACCGCUGCUUCUCGGCUGAGCAGGUGAUGUUGGCAGCGUACUACUAUGGCCAUGCAGUCCUAGAAACAGAGCUCAUCAGGGGCUCAGUGUCUGUAGUUCGUCUUGGUGCUCAGGAAGCCAGGGAGCUGUGUCCACCUGACAUUGAGGUGGCAUGCCACAAUGGGCCUAAAUUCUGCACACUUUCUGGUCCAGCUGAGUCUAUGAAGAAGUUUCUGAAAAUUCUGCAGAAAGAAGGUGUGUUUGCUGAGGUAGUGAACUGUGGCAGCAUUGCUCAUCACAGCAAGCACAUAUCAUCAGUUGAGCCUCUCCUUCUCAAGUACCUGAAGGAGCUGAUCCCAUGUGCAAAUCGCCGGUCUGCUCACUGGGUGAGCUUUUCUGUGCCACAGAGUGAAUGGAACACACCAGUAGCAACACAUUCAUCAGCAGAGUACAUCACCAACAACCUGGUUAAUCCUGUGCUUUUUGAGGAGGCAUCACGACACAUCCCACAUAAUGCCAUCACUAUUGAGAUUGCUCCACAUGGGCUGCUGCACCCUAUCCUGGAGCGUUCUCUCAACAAGGGCAUAACCAACAUUGCCCUUACACAGCAAGGUUAUCCUCACUCCACUGAGUGGCUGCUUACUGCUCUGGGCAAGUGUAUUGUGCGGCUGGGAUUGCAGCCACAGCUGGCAAACUUGUAUCCAUCAGUUCAGUAUCCUGUAAGCAGGGGGACUCCAAUGAUUUCACCACUGGUCCGCUGGGAGCACUCAGAGGACUGGUACGUCAUGCGCUGCACCACAGAGCCCAAAGUAAGAUCUGGUGAGCGAUCUGUGUCCAUCAGCCUGCAGGAUGAAUCAGCGGAAUACUUAUCAGGACAUGUUGUUGAUGGCAGAAAUCUGUUUCCUGCCAUGGGCUACCUUGAACUUGUGUGGAAGUCAGUCGGGCUGAUGACUGAACAGACGUAUACUGAUGUACCUAUUGUGUUUGAGGAUAUACAGUUCCACAGGGCUACUAGCAUACCCAAGCAAGGAGAACUUCGCUUUACUGUUAUGAUCCAGAAGGCGAGUGGGAGGUUUGAAGUAACAGAGAGUAAUGCAUCAGUUGUGAGUGGUUAGCUGCGGGUGCCCAAAAGCAUCUCCCAUGAAAUGGUGGCACUUGAGCCUCCCAAGCCAGUUGUUAACUAUGAACUACUUGAACUCUCAUCACAAGACAUCUAUAAGUAUUUUUGACUUUGUGGAUAUGAGUACCAUGGAGUUUUCUGUGGCCUUGUGUGCAGACAAUCAUGGUAUACAGGUAAAGUCAGCUGGAAAGACAACUGGGUUGCAUUCCUUGACAAUAUGUUGCAAAUGAAACUCUUUGAGAAAGAUUCACGAGAUAUCUUACUUCCAACUUCGCUCCAGAAACUCACCAUAGACCCCAAGCAGCAUGCUGCUGAAGUCCAGGAACUGAACAAUAAAAAGAGUGAAGUUGUGGUCCCAGUGCAUGUGUACAAGGAGCUGAAUAUCAUCCAGUCAGCAGGUGUGGAAUUUCGAGGACUGAAAACAAAUGCUAUUUCUUGGCGCAAGCCCCAGAGCAACCCUGUGCUGGAGAAAUAUGUCUUUACACAAAAUGUAGAACCUACACACCUGGACUUGCACACCACAUUGCGGGUGUGCAUGCACAUCACUGUGGAGAACAAGCCUGUCACCCAAGUGAAAGUGGUGGAGCUGCACACCCAAGGCUCCACACCUCUUUCACCUGCUGUGACCCUCAUCUUUGCAGACAGACCGCUUCUAAAGGGAGACAUAACAGUCCUGGGUAAGGCCAGUGACUUGUCAGGGAUAAACAUGACAGGGAUCAAGGUUGAGGAACUCAGCCUGGAAGAUGAGCAGAACUGCAUGCUGGUUAUCGCUUCGAGCAUCCUGCUUCAUACAAGACUGCUGCAGACUGCGAUGAAUGCCCUGGCUGAUGGGGGCUGCAUCCUGGCUCGUGAGAAAGUUGACACAGAGAAUGUGGUCAGCAAUGGCUUCAGACUCGAAACUGUCUUUGAGAAGACUCUGAAAGAUGAGAAGCUGCUGUUGCUCAGGAAGGGAGUGAUGGUGGAAAGUCCAGUUGUGAUCCAUGUGACUGGCCAUAACUAUGACUGGCUGCCUGAAGUACAGACUGCCAUCAGUAGCAGCUCCAAACAUCACAUUAUCCUUGUGACUCAGGGUGAACCACACAGUGGCAUUUUGGGUCUCGUCAACUGUAUCCGCAGGGAGCCAGGCAGUGAUUAUGUCAGGAUAAUGUUCAUGGGAUGGAGUUCUCUGGGCGUGAUCAGAGGGGGCAUUGUGUCAUGGGAGUAGUGCCCAAUCUAGCCCUAGCCUCUAUUCUGCAAGCAGACAGUGUGGUCCUGUGGGAUGUACCUGAUCACUGGACACUGGAGGACGCAGCAACUGUGCCUGUGGUCUAUU